AUGUGCCAAUAUUACCUCCUCACCCUCCACACACACAAGGACAAGGACUGCCAUCUUUACAAUAAUAUCAUUCAUUUUCUUUGUAAAAAAAUAUAAUUUUUUUAAUUUUCAUCCCAAAAAAUGUUCAUUUCAUUUCCUCCAUUUUUCUUUUCUAUUUUCCCUUCGCCUUCCAUUGUUUCCUGAUCAAAUCGGUUUGCUGAACAUCGAGUUGCAUUCCAGGUUGAUGGUAUCUGGUUGCAUCAUGAAAGAAAUAACAACAAUCAUCACAAAAGUAAACUACAGUGUUCCAUCAUGCAUACAACAAUGGAGAUUUCCAUGAUUGACACAUCCUUCUAAAUGCAAUAUUUGUGGAAUGGUCCCAACCCAAGUGAAAAAUAAAAAAAAUGCAUAGUCGUAGCCUUAGCCGCUCAUCAAGGGAAUCAUUCAGGUUCUUUGGGAGCCCUGACAAAGAUGAAGACCUUAGAAAGACCAAAACAGAGAUUGAGAACAAUAUCACAAAACUGCUUAAGCUUGUCAAGAACGAUGAUCAAAGCAAAAAGAAUAGGAAUCCACGGCUUGUUAGAAAAGAGGCAGAACUUGUGGGGCUAAUUGAGGACUUAAACAGCCAGUAUCAAUCACUCUUUCAACUGUGUGAUUAUUUGAACAGAGAGUUUAUGAGAGCGAUUUCUCGUAGAAGAAGCCGAAGGGGUACCGGCUCUAACACAGACUCAGAGUCAGAAUACUUCUCCUCAGAGGAACUAGAAAACUAUACCAAGUUUUCAUUAGAUGAUGUUCUCAAGAAUGAUGAUGCAAAGGAAUAUGAGGAGCAGUUGAAUUCACAGAUGAAAGAGAUGGAGAGCCUGAGCCAGCAGAAGACGAAUCUAGAAAAUCAAAUUGAAAGCCAAUCGCUCCAAUUCGAAGAGCUAAGCGCAAAUAAUACCAGGCUGUAUGAUCGGGUCUUGGAUCUGGAAUCGUUGUUGAAAGAGGAAAAAGGUGUGGUAUCUGUUUUGGAGGAAAAACUGAAAAUCAAUGAGAAUCAAGCUGAGUCCAACAUUGAAGCAUUGAUGACACAGGUCAACAAGCUCAAUCUGGAGUUAAAGACACUGCGUACACAGAAAGAUCAAACGGAAGAGGAAAUAAAAGGUAACAAAGAUAAAGCAUUAACUCAAAUGAAGGACUUGAUGGACAAGCUCAAUUCCAUGCAGGAGGAGUUGGACUCUGUAAGCACACAGAACAAAGAAUUAGAUGCUCAGGUCAGAAAUGACAGGGAGCAGAUACUCCGAUACCUGAUUCAGAUUGAAAACCUGAACCAAGAUUUGGCGGAGACAAGUUUGGAUAAGCAAAGUUUAAUGGACGACAAAGAGCAAUUCCUGGCAAGAAUAAAGGACUUGGAAUUUGAAUUGGAAGCAGAAAGCAUGCAGAAGAAUGCACUGGAAGCUCAGUUAAGAGACAGGGAUUAUGAUAUGAUGCUUGUGGAGGAAGAAAACAGGACUCUGCAGGACAGAAACAGUGAACUGAAGAAAGCAAUGCACCAAAGUGGCGAAGAGAUAACCGCACUUAUGAGGGUACCGGAGACCCAGAAGGACGCGGCUUCUAUGGAGGCCAUGGCCCUAAAGGCAGAAAUGAAUAUUAUGAGAUUAGAGAUGGACAAUCUGUAUGCACAGAGAAGCAAGUUGGAGCAGCAAAUUGAGCGAAACCGGAAGGAAUAUGAAGAAAAUUUGGGAAACUUGAGCAGCAAGUUAUCGAGCCAAAUAGCAGAACGCGAGAAAACGAUAGAGGAACAAGCAGCAACCAUUCAGAGAAUAAACGAGGAGCAUAAACAGACCAAAGUUGCGUUGAAUAAGAACAAGCUGUCCCGCCAAACGGCCGAAAGGAAAAUGAUUGAGCUGGCAACGGAGUUCCGGAGGAAAAUGGAAGACAACAUCCGGCUUCUGCACCAGAGGAUCCACGUCGCGGAACAGAUGAACAACGAGAACAAAAACAAUUUCAAGAUCGUCAAUCAGAGGUACCACGAAGAGAACAAGAUGCUCCAAGAGAAAAUCGCAAGCUACGAAGAAGAGCUGAAGGUGCCAAAGUUUGAUAUUGCGCCCUUGGGUGGGGAACAACACGCUUUGGUUUUUGAAGCUCUAAAUGAAUUAGAAAUGGUCACUAUGAACCGUUUGGACUCAAUAGUUGGGGACGUAGAGGAACAGAAGAAACACGUGGUGAGCCGCGUGUUUAAAAUGAUUGGAGAGGUUCAGUACGGUAAAGAAUGGAUUAAGAAAAGAAACCGUGAAUGGGAAGAAACGAAGAACAAUGCGGAGUGUCUGAGGGCACUGCUGGACAGCAAGGAGGAGCAGGAGUUCUUGCUGAGGGAGAAGGUGUGGAAGUUGGAGGCCAAGGUGAGUAAAGAAGCUGGGGAGAAACUCAACUUGAUGAAUGCGGUGAGCCAGUUAGAGAAGAAAGUCGCAAGGUUCGAGAACGCUUUGAAGGAGAAGGAGGAAGAUUUGGUUAGCCUUGGUGAGAAGAAGAGGGAAGCAAUAAAGCAACUUUGUUUUGUUGUUGAGUUUCAUAGAGAACGUUGUAGAGAUCUCAAAGAUUUGGUCAUCAAGAUGGGGGCCAACAACAACACUAACACCAAGAAAUAAAUGAUGAUGGGAUUUUGAAUCACACACAGAGAAGACACCAACACUGUUCUUGGGGUGUCCCCAUUUCUUGACAUAAACAAGGAGGCAGCAUUGAGGUGCACAUGUCACAACGCAGGUCUUAGUGGACCGCCAGCAAUGAAAUGGUAACAACUAUGUAAAUAUACGAAAUGAUAUAUUUGUAUCCCUGUAGCUCUUUUUCUUUUUCUCAUUUAUUUGAAUUUGUAUGGAUUGUUAGUAUUACCGUAAUAUAACUAUUUAUCAUUUCAAGCGUUAUAUGUACCCGUAUUGAAUUAACUACGUAUGUUACUAUAGUCCAAUAGUCAAUAAUAAGGUUUGUAUCACUGAUUCAGCUAGA